AUGUCAAAUUAGAUUGCAAAACGUCAAAUUACGGACAAUAUCCACAUCGCCCAAAUUAUCACAUUUUGAGUAUUUUGUUACAAAAUAUUUAGUUAUUUCUUACAUUUCUGCUGUACGUUGCCUUAAUAAAAUACUAAGAUGUACCCCGUUGGUCAAGUUAUCGACACAGCUCCAGCGGGGGAGACGAGCACGGCGGCGGUGGGAGUAGCGGGGGCGGUGAGCGCGGCGGCGGGGGCCACUGGGGCCUCCCCGGGGGCCGCGACCACUGCGGCGUCCCCCGGCACCCCCAGCACGGGCGUGCCGGCGGCGGGCGCCAUCGCGCUGGUGUCGCCCGGCGUGGCGCCGCCGCCCGACCUGCCCGUGCUCACGUGCCCGCGCCGCCCCAACCUCGGCCAUGAGGGCCGCCCCAUCAUGCUCCGCGCCAACCACUUUCAAAUAUCCAUGCCCAGGGGCUUCGUACACCAUUAUGAUGUCACCAUACAACCUGAUAAAUGUCCCAGGAAGGUAAAUCGAGAAAUAGUGGAGACUAUGGUCCACUGUUAUAACAAGAUCUUUGGAGCUCUGAAACCAGUGUUUGAUGGCAGAAAUAACUUGUACACCAGAGAUCCCCUGCCUAUUGGCAAUGACAGAGUUGAACUGGAAGUUAUAUUGCCAGGUGAAGGAAAAGACAGAGUAUUCCGAGUUGCAAUCAAAUGGGUGGCCCAGGUGUCAUUGUUUGCAUUAGAAGAGGCUCUGGAGGGGCGAACACGACAGAUACCUUAUGAUGCUAUAUUAGCCCUAGAUGUAGUGAUGCGACACCUCCCCUCCAUGAUGUACACCCCCGUGGGCAGAUCCUUCUUCUCAUCUCCUGAAGGCUACUAUCACCCACUUGGAGGAGGCAGAGAAGUCUGGUUUGGUUUCCAUCAGUCAGUCCGGCCGAGUCAAUGGAAGAUGAUGUUGAAUAUUGAUGUGUCUGCAACUGCGUUUUACAAAGCCCAGCCAGUCAUUGAGUUUAUGUGUGAAGUGCUAGAUAUAAGGGACAUUAAUGAGCAGCGUAAGCCUCUGACAGAUUCACAAAGAGUGAAGUUCACAAAAGAGAUAAAAGGUUUGAAGAUUGAAAUCACCCACUGCGGGACUAUGAAGAGGAAAUACAGAGUGUGCAAUGUGACAAGGAGGCCAGCACAGAUGCAGUCGUUCCCCUUACAACUGGACAACGGGCAGACAGUCGAGUGCACGGUAGCCAAGUACUUCCUGGACAAGUACAAGAUGAAGCUGCGCUACCCGCACCUGCCCUGCCUGCAGGUGGGGCAGGAGCACAAGCACACGUACCUGCCGCUGGAGGUGUGCAACAUCGUGCCCGGGCAGCGCUGCAUCAAGAAGCUCACUGAUAUGCAGACGUCUACUAUGAUCAAAGCCACGGCCAGAUCUGCUCCGGAUAGGGAGCGCGAAAUAAACAACCUGGUGCGUCGCGCGAACUUCAACACGGACCUGUACGUGAAGGAGUUCGGGCUCACCAUCUCCAACAACAUGAUGGAGGUGCGCGGCCGCGUGCUGCCGCCGCCCAAGCUGCAGUACGGCGGGCGGGUGUCGUCGCUGGGAGGGCAGGCACUGCCGAACCAGGGCGUGUGGGACAUGCGCGGCAAGCAGUUCUUCAUGGGCGUGGAGAUCCGCGUGUGGGCCAUCGCCUGCUUCGCGCCGCAGCGGACCGUGCGCGAGGACGCUCUCAAAAACUUCACUCAGCAACUCCAAAAGAUCUCGAACGACGCGGGCAUGCCGAUCAUCGGGCAGCCGUGCUUCUGCAAGUACGCGACGGGGCCGGACCAGGUCGAGCCCAUGUUCAAGUACCUCAAGUCCACGUUCGUACAGCUGCAGCUGGUGGUGGUCGUGCUGCCCGGGAAGACGCCUGUUUACGCGGAGGUGAAGCGCGUGGGCGACACGGUGCUGGGCAUGGCCACGCAGUGCGUGCAGGCCAAGAACGUGAACAAGACGUCGCCGCAGACGCUCAGCAACCUGUGCCUCAAGAUCAACGUCAAGCUCGGCGGGAUCAACUCGAUACUGGUGCCCUCGCUGCGGCCUAAGGUAUUCAACGAGCCGGUGAUCUUCCUCGGCGUGGACGUGACCCACCCGCCGGCCGGCGACAACAAGAAGCCGUCCAUCGCGGCCGUCGUGGGCUCCAUGGACGCCCACCCCUCGCGCUACGCCGCCACCGUGAGAGUGCAGCAGCACAGUGAUGCUUUUCACAGGCAAGAAAUAGUACAGGAGAUGUCGAGCAUGGUUCAGGAGUUGCUUAUAAUGUUCUAUAAGAGUACGGGCGGGUUCAAGCCGCACCGCAUCAUCAUGUACCGGGACGGCAUCUCGGAGGGGCAGUUCAUCCAUGUGCUGCAACACGAGCUCACGGCCGUCAGGGAGGCCUGCAUCAAGCUCGAGGCUGAGUACAAACCUGGCAUCACGUUCAUCGUGGUGCAGAAGCGCCACCACACGCGGCUGUUCUGCGCCGACAAGAAGGAGCAGUCGGGCAAGUCGGGCAACAUCCCCGCCGGGACCACCGUGGACCUGGGGAUCACGCACCCGACCGAGUUCGACUUCUAUCUGUGCAGUCAUCAGGGUAUUCAGGGAACCUCCCGCCCGUCCCACUACCACGUGCUCUGGGACGACAACCACUUCGGCUCUGACGAGCUGCAAUGCCUCACGUACCAGCUCUGCCACACUUACGUGCGAUGCACACGCUCGGUCUCCAUCCCCGCGCCGGCGUAUUACGCUCACUUGGUCGCCUUCCGAGCACGCUACCACUUGGUCGAGAAGGAGCACGACUCGGGCGAAGGCAGCCACCAGUCCGGCUGCUCCGAGGACCGCACACCCGGCGCCAUGGCGCGCGCCAUCACCGUGCACGCCGUCACCAAGAAGGUCAUGUACUUCGCCUAGGUGAAAACCUCUUUGCGGUGCCACUGGCCGGUAAGUCACGGGAAUCGAGUUGCUACAACUUCUCGAAUGUUUAAACGGAGUAACACUUUGAUAGUGAUAGUAUACUUGUACAGAGAACGUCUGGGUCUCUAGGCGCUUCGGUGUCGGAUGUAGUUUUCUUUAAGAGAUCUUUUUUAGCGUUUCGCUCAGUGGAUUGCGUGACGGUGCCAGCUGGAGUGAUGAAAGGAAUCCCCUCCUCGUGAUAAAUUACAUUUGUAUUUGUGUAGUUUUAUACAAUAAUUCUUCCAUGUUUCUAAUCUAAAAGUCAUAUAAAUAUCAAAGUAGAGCAGGUGACAUGACGUCACGCUCUUCACUGAGCGAAAUAGAAUCUACAGAGCAACGCGUGCGACGUUGCCACUUGUACAUUUUACCAAUAAAAUGCCGGGAAUGAAUUUUGGACCGCUCUUAAUAUAUCGACUCUAAUAAUUAUAUAUUUUUAUGGCAAAAAAGACACAGUGUAAUCGUAACAUUAGCAAUAUGAUAUGUACCUCUGAUCGACAAUCUCUAAGUGCACAUAGUUUUUAUAAUAUAUUCGAGUGUAAGAUCAAGCUUGUGUUAAUUUUGUUAGCGGACGUUCUUUAAGUUCUACUUAUGUAAUAUCUAUAUAUUUUUUACUAACUUGACCUUUUCCGUACCUAUUUAUGGUAUGAAUUUGCAAUAGAUGUGUCUAAGUGUCUAAUGAGUCAAAAUCAAUAUUUUUACUCCUUGUGUGAUAAUUUCACAAGAAUCAUUUAAUAAUGAUGUUAUUAAUGGUUUAUGGUAGACACUAGCCUAAUCGUUUAUCGAUCAACACAAGGCCACUACGAUGCUUGUAGUGAGAUUUCUUCGUACCAAAUACUAUUUUUAAAGUGUUAGAAUGGACCGGGAACAAACGAGGCUUGAGCUUGUGAAUAAAAUCGAAACAGACAUUUUAUAUUAGUAGCUCUUUUACAUUUAACUGUUCGAUUUCAAAACUAUAAUUCUUUAGUCCCACUAUUUCUUACUGACUUUCGAUAUCUUCCUAAAAGUUUCUAAAUUCUUGAAAUUUACAAAAAAUAUUAUUUAUCUUUGGAGUUUUUGUGUAAGAAAAUAAGUUUUGAAAUACAGCAGCGGAAGGUAACUUGUACUAUUAAGGUUCGUUUUGAUAUAUCUCUUCAACUUCAAUAAUUGUUCGCUUAGUAUUUAGGAGUACUUUAAUAAUAAUUAAGAUUAUUUUGUAGAUAUUUUAUAUAUGCAAGGAUCAGCAAUGGUACCAUAAAAGCACAAAUCAGUCCCGUUUGGCGAGCGAGCUAAUAGACAAGAGUCAUGGCGUAGUGAGCAGGAGCACGGCUAACUGUAAACGACGACGACGUGUGUAGUGUAUCUCGCUAUCUCGCUCUUCACGCAUUCCGUGUGAGACAGACAAGUGACUAUGACAUGACUUUUGUCGCGCGUAAAGAUACAGAACGCGGGGGUUGAUUUACUCCUUGCGGUACCAGCAUUGCCUGGUCGACUUCAGCCGGGUGUCACAUUAAAUAGUUUUCUAUUUUAACUUUAGGCAAUUUUUUGUGUGUUUGUGAAUUGCAACCGCCUCUCCAGUUCUCACACACUACAGCCUAAGCAUGUAUGGAUUUUGUUGAGGUUGAGUGUAGCUAGUCGGUUGCUGAUCACUAACAGCUUGUAUUUCACUUGAUGCCUGCCAAAUGUGUGCAAAUGCAAAUAACAUGUUGAGUUUACUUAGGUACAGAUAUUUUAAAUAUAUUUAUUCACUCUGAAUAAGGUAUAGGUAUAAAUAUUUUGUAAGUGAUUUUAUUUUAAUGAAAGCUUAAACAAGGGAAUUUGAAUGUUCUUAGAAGUUAAUUAUUACUUUUUUAUAAUGAUCAAAGCAUUGACAGGUAGCCGUAGCUACGGAGCGGGAAAUGAUCGUGAUAUUUAUUCUAAAUAUAAAGUGUUAUAUUUACAAACGCCUGUUUUGCAAAGGCGGCUCAGAUUAACACGUUUAAUCAUAAAUAUAUUGACCGUAUCCCCGUAAAGACGUUUGUUUCGUCUGUAAUGUCGUGAAAUAUAUAAUAAAUCAUUAAUUUCAUGGCCUUGUAGAUGGAUAUGAUCGUCGGACGAAAAUAUAUUUUUUAUAUUAACAGAGCUGCAUAAUAAACAUUACGGAAUACACUUUGAAUGUGUUUGUUAUGUAGAGACACUUGGUCAAUCCUUAUAUUCGUUGUGUUUCGGUGCCAAUUGUUAAAAGUGUCCUGGUCACUGGAUAUAAAUUUAAUGAAUUGUAAAAUGAACUUUUAAAGUCAUAUCUAAUUCUCAUUUACUUAUCAGGAGGAAUCUAUCUAUUAUGUUUAUAAUAUUAUUUAUUUCUGAGAGUAGCUGUUCCCUUAAUAAGAACUUAAGUUUAUAAUAAUAAAUAAAUCGUAAGUAGCAGCCACUACAAAUGAUAUCGUAAAAAUAGCUAGCAUUAUGAACAUUAUUCGUGUAUUGGUAGCAUAUUACGGGAUAUUUCAGCAUGUUAACGCCUGUAUUCUAGUAGUUUAUAUUUGUAAGUAAAUAAGCACUAUUGGAAAUAAUUUGCAAUGUUAGACAUUUCAAAAAGAGUGAGAAAUCUUAAUCAAUUAUUAUUGAUCAAUACCCCAGCGUUUCUAAGGUCUUCGUCUGUACUCACUGCAUUAUUAGUGCUACGGUAGAAAUGCUCGUGUUCUCUUUGUCUAGCACUAACCGUAGUGAGUGUCAGGUGAAGAUCUCGGCUAAAUGAGCUACUACCUCUAUUUUCUCCGCUCUUUUUGCGAUGGCUCACGAGCUCUUGGUUUAAUCCAUUAAUAAGUCAAGUAAAAUCAGAUACAAUUUCUGCCAUCUUUAAUAAUUUUUUGACACUAUUUAAUACAUAUUUUUUAUGAACUUGAUAUUUCAUAGUGAUAGUACGCAAUAAAUAGACGCAAUUUUAACACGAUCUUCUAUUGUUAUUUUAACAAUCUGCGAUUCCCCCUAAGGCCAAAAAUUAAGGUUGUUUGUACCGCCUUUUAGUUUUUAAGUUUUCUAUAAUUAUAUUGUUAUUUUUAAACGUAUAUAUAUUUUUCAUUUGUACACAAAUUGCUGUUCACACGAUUGACACCUGCUUUCGUUUCUGUUCUGUAAUGUUCUUGUAAGUUCGCUUAGCAUCUAUGUAUUAUGUGCGUGCACUGCUUUAGUUGUGUAGGUGUGCUCAGGAUGUUAGAAGGUUAAAUAUGUUAAUGUUAGAUGAAAUUUCUUCGUGCAGGGUAAUGUUACUUCUCCAAAAAUGUAAUAAAAGGCGAUCUUAUAUAAAUAUAUCAACGACAUCUUCACGUGUAGCCUAUAAUAUUUAUUAAUAUGCUCUCGUUCUGUACUAGAUGUAAUCAGUAAAGUUUGCGAUUUUAACUUCAACUAGAUGUAAACGUUAGAAUUAAUCAUUCAUGGUCCUUUAUUAGAAUAUCAUACUUUUAGAUGUUAUUUAACAUAUUAAUAAUAACAUAAUAUAACAAAAGUAUUUUAGUAGGAUACUGGGCAUGAGUGGAUAAGUUUUGGUCACUGACAAACGCAAAACGGACUUAGUUAUUUUGUCUCCCAUAUAAAGUAUGAUGCCAAAUGUGUGAUUUUAUCUGGUGAUACAUUUUUAGCCGGGUCUGUUUUACACUAAGUUUACAUUAUAAAAAAUUACAUCGCCAGUGACAGAACUUAUUUUUCAACAGGACUUAUUUUCUCGAUAAACUAUUUUUUAAAUGUUUAAUCUGGAGAUGGAAACCUUGUUUGUUAUCAUGUUGUUGCAGCAUUGAAGAUGGGAUUCCUCUGUUACGCAGUUAAUUAAUGCAUUAUCGCUUAGUAUAAUCAGCAAUGUCAUACUAAUGUAAUACGGCAUCAGAUAGUGCAAAGGUUAUAACGGUUUGGUAUAGUAGUAGUAGCAGCCCUCCUCGGUAACAACUCUCUUCAAACGAUAGAUUGAGUAUCAUAUUGAUUGAACAACCUGUUAAUUUGCAUAAUAUGUAAUACCAAAAUGCAUUUCAAAAUUCGGUAUUAUCGAAUAAAUCACCCAUAUGAUUAUUAUGACGACUGCUGCAAAAACUUAAUGGAAUGUUCAAUGCGUUUACCUUAAGAGGGCUGUUCUAUAAAUUGUAUUCGGUUGCCAGGGGUUUACCCUACACACCAGCUCGAGCAGAUUAAUGAUUCUGUUAUUUUUUUAUCUGUUUUGUAAAGCGACUUGCACCAUAUCUUUAAAUCUGCCUAAAACAAUCCGUUCCAAUAAACUGAUACUAUCGUGUUUUGACGUUUGAAUAUGGAUUGAAGACUAAUAUAGAAGUGGUGUUCCAACAUACACCCUAUUUAUGAUUUAGUCAAGUUUAAUCGAGAUUCAAGAUAUGAUGCAAGACUUAACUUUAGGAGUAAUAAGCCGAAGUUCAUCACUUCAAAUAUAAACAUGAAUUAGAAAGUGAAGUCAUUUAAAGAAUACAGAAUCCCAUGCACAGCACAGCUUCAUUCUAUGAUCUCCGUUGUCGUCGCGGUACCGUCACGUCUUGUUUGAUGUUUACUACAACUUGAGUUAGGGCUGAUUUUAUAACAGUGAGAUCAAUGUUAUCAGUUUAUUAAUUAGCUGCUGUCACUGUCUAACACAAUAAUUCAGACGUGACAACAUCAAAAUUAUUUUAUUGGUAAGAUUUAUCUGGCUAUUUAUAAAUCAGCCCAACUUAUGUUGAAAGUUAACGUGGUAUCAAUGGCGAUGAUCAAUAUUUCUUUAGUCAUUUUACUGUUUUAUCUAUGAAUUAUAAAUUGUAAUGAUAUUGAAAGCAAGAAUCAUGAUCAGCUCCAUUGUACAUUAUGUUCGUAAUCAUUAUAUGCAUUUGAAAUUGUAAUAGUGGUGUUAAUUUGUAAUUGGUGGUACCGAGAAUUAUGUGUAUAGAUUGUAAUACAAUCUGUUUAUUUAAAA